UUUGCACUGCCUUCCUUUUCUCUGACUCACACACCCUCUCUCACUCAAGCUCACCUCUAGCCCUCUCUUUCCACAAACUCUCACACUCCCUCACUUUACUCUGAGGUUGUGUGGACCACUUUUGCUAUAUGUUCCCACUGCAACAGGCUCCCAGAUUAAAGCAGAAAGAAGACCAAACAGACAGCAUAAAGCAGUGGAAGGAUUAACAUAGUUUCAUCAUGCAGAGUUUCAGCAUCUUACUGGUGGUGUUGUGUCUACAGCUUUCUAUCCCUUUUGGGUUCACUGCACCAACUCAAUGCCCAAGUCAAUGUCACUGCCAUGGGGACCUGCAGCAUGUUAUCUGUGACAAUGUCGGUCUGAAAAAGAUCCCUCGCAUAUCAGAGGCCACACGUCUCCUCAACCUCCAGCGGAACAACCUGGGAAACCUCCCAACCGGUGGCUUCAGCGAGAUGAAGGGGCUCAUCUCUUUGCACCUGCAGCACUGUCAGAUCCGAGAGAUCUCCAGCCAGGCUUUCAAAGGGCUGAAAAAGCUUAUCUACCUCUACUUGUCUAACAACGAGAUCACCAACAUCAAACUAGGUGCUUUUGAGGACCUAACUGAACUCACCUAUCUCUACUUGGAUGGCAACCACAUCUCAAGUCUUCAGAAGGGCAUCUUUUCUCCCAUGAUCAACCUGUUUAUUCUGCAGCUUGACAACAACAAGCUCCGUGAUCUGCAGCCAGGUACUUUCACAGGUACAAAUGAUCUCCGAUGGCUUUAUAUGAGUGGUAAUGAGUUGAGCUCCAUGCAGCCAGGCUCUCUUGAUGAAGUGGAGAACCUGGCCAUUUUAACCCUGGACCGUAACAAGCUGUCCACCUACCCUCUACUGGCUAUGAGUAAGUUGCGUGUUAUAGAAGAACUAAACCUAUCCAAGAACCCUCUCAGCUUCAUCCCCGACCACGCAUUCCGGAGCUUUGGCCGCUACAUGGAGAAGCUCCAUUUAAAUGGCAUGGGCUUAGAGAAGGUAAGUCUCUGUAUGACUGUUUAUUUUCUGGAUUAUACCAUUUAAGAGCCUAGAAAACAUGCUAGAUUAGGCAAAUUGGAUGUUUACCACUUGAAUGUCACUCUGAAGUUGGCCUGCAAAGUUCUUGCCAUAUAAUUGCUUGUUUGUGUUUCUGGAAACCAUGCAUCCAUAAACAAACAUUACAUACCAUCAGAGCUGACAAUGCUAAUCCCAAUCAAACUAAAACAACACUGUAGCCUUUAGUUGUCACUGUUGCCAUACAGCGAUAUAUGGCUAAAUGAUUUCACACAGACCUGUACUGGUCUGUGAGUUUGACCAUUUCCUUCAGAACUAUAAAUAAAAUCCUCCUGAUAUUCUGUCCAUUCUUUUUAUACAUUUAGUCCUUGAAUUAGGUAACAUGUCCUUUAUGUAAUGAUGGAGAUGUGUUGACUCCUGCAG